AUGGUGCUGGCGCUGCGUUACCUGAGCGGUGCCUGCGGGCGGGCCCGCGCGGGUUUCCCCGGGGGCUUCUCUGCGGCGUGCCGGCCGGCGCGGGGGAGGCCCUGGCCGCUGUGCCAGGGUGGCCGUAGAGCCAGCACCCGUUCAGAGGUCACAUUAGAAACCACCGUCUUUCUCUGCUCUGUGUGGAGGGAGUGGCUUAUGCUAAGGCUUGAAGGCUGGAAAGCUCUUGGCUAUUUCAAGAACUGGAAGGUGGACAAGAUGAGUGUGACUGUUCUUAGUGGAACAGAGAUGCUUAUAGUAGCUGUUGAACAAGAAGAAAUUCCCAGACUUCAAGCCCUAUAUGAGAGAGGCCUGCAGAACGGUGUCCAGGGCCUGAGGCUAAUCCAACAGGAGGAUAUAAAGAAGAAGGAGCCAUAUUGUAGGGGUCUAAUGGCUAUUGAUUGCCCAUACACUGGCAUUGUGGACUAUCGGCAGGUGGCUUUGUCAUUUGCCCGGGAUUUCCAAGAAGCAGGUGGCUUUGUCUUGACCAAUUUUGAAGUAAAAGAUCUUGAAAUGGCUAAAGAAAGUCCGUCAGGAAGUAAAGAUGGUGAGGGAGAGGAAGUUCAGUGUCAGUAUGUUGUGACAUGUGCAGGACUUUACUCGGACCGUAUUUCAGAGUUGAGUGGCUGUAAUCCUGAUCCUCAAAUUGUACCAUUCCGGGGAGAUUACCUGCUCUUGAAGCCAGAAAAAUGCUAUCUUGUAAAAGGAAAUAUUUAUCCGGUCCCAGAUAGCCGGUUUCCUUUCCUAGGGGUUCACUUCACACCGAGGAUGGAUGGUAGUAUUUGGCUAGGGCCUAAUGCGGUUCUUGCCUUUAAACGAGAGGGCUACAAACCCUUUGACUUCAGUGCCAGAGAUGUUAUGGAUGUAAUUAUCAAGAGUGGCUUGAUUAAAUUGGUGUUCCAGAAUUUUUCCUAUGGAGUUAACGAAAUGUAUAAAGCCUGUUUUCUCAGUGCAACAGUGAAGCACCUUCAAAAGUUUAUCCCUGAAAUUACUGUCAGUGAUAUACUGAGAGGUCCAGCUGGAGUAAGAGCCCAAGCCCUGGAUAGGGAUGGAAAUCUGGUAGAAGAUUUUGUAUUUGAUGGAGGAGUUGGGGAUAUUGGAAAUCGCAUUCUUCAUGUGAGAAAUGCACCUUCCCCUGCUGCUACUUCUUCUCUUGCAAUUUCUGGAAUGAUUGCAGAUGAAAUACAACAAAGAUUUAAAUUGUAAAUAAGGAGCUGGUAUGCAUUUUAAUUUCCACAUUCAGCAACAAGAAUAUACUAAUUGCAUCCUUUAAGGAAAAUGAUUUGAAAAUCUCAUUUUUAGGUAUCUCGUUUGGGUAACAACUGAAUUGUUAGAAUGCUGUAACAUAGAAAUAAUAAUUUUUUAAAGUCCAUGCUCUUUUACCUUGUGAAUAAAGAAGCAAGGUACAGUUA